UUCCACUACUCCUCCAUCCAUCCAGAACGCAGGAGCAAAUAGGAUGAACUUGUCGUGCUACCUGCUUAAAGGCGCCGCCGGGUGUGUGAACAGCAGGGAAGGUAACAAGUUCACUCUCCUGGAAAGUUUCAAAAAUGAAGAAAUGCCAACAGAGCAGGAUGCAGAAGUAGAAGAGUAAGGAGGAGAAGUGUAUUUGGAUGUAAAGCGAGUAAUCAGAGAGCGGAUUAGAUCCCACAGCGAAGAAUCAGAGAUGCGGAAACAACAACAGAAGCGACAACAAUCCGGAUUUUAAUCUAUGCGGAUUUUUACUUGCACUGGGAGCAGCAUGCCUCGGCUCAGGAGAAGAGGUAAAAUGUUCCAACUAGGAGUGACACCAAAAGAAGCUGAAGUUUUCCGUCUGUUGGGACUAUCCGGUGAUUUACACACCCUUCCGCGGAUGUAACGGGGGUUUCGCUCGGACCUGAAUCACCAUGUCAAAAGUCCUGCAGAAGAAGAACCACUGGAUCAAUAAAGUGAAUGACUGCGCGGUGAUCCUUGACGCGCACGGGGAGCUUAACGUGGAUCUUCUCGGUGGCGCUGAGAAUGGAGAGUUCGCGUACAUCGGCCAAGUUAGGGAGGAUGCGGCAGUGUACCAGGACGGUAAACUCAGCGAGGGGGAGCUGGUGCUGGAAGUGGAGGGGGUGGCUGUGUCUGGAUUACCCCUGUAUGACAUUUAUACUGUGAUAAAGUGCUGCCAAGGUCCCGUCAGGUUGAAAACUGUGCGUCAAGGUCACAAGCUCAACAAGGACCUGAAGCACUACCUGAGCUUGAGGUUUCAGAAGUCCUCCCCUGACCACGAGCUGCAGAAAAUCAUCCGAGCCAAUCUGUAUCGCCAUGCUGUGCCUUGUACAACCCGCCCCCCUCGAGACGGAGAGGUCCCCGGGGUGGACUACAACUUCCUGUCAGUGGAGGACUUCUUAGAGCUGGAGGAGAGUGGCACACUACUGGAAAUAGGAACAUAUGACGGUAACUAUUAUGGGACCCCCAAGCCGCCCAGGCAGCCCACCAUUGGGACAGUGAUUCUCAGUGAUGCAGGCUCUCAGCAGUCCACCCCGAAGCGCACCAAGUCCUACAAUGACAUGCAAAACGCCCGAGUAGUGCCUGCUGACGACGACGAUGACGACCAGGCCUCGGAAAUGAACAACAGUUUUACAGGUAACCCUAGCGACCCGGACGAGAGCCGCGGCGGCAUCCUCCGGCCGUACCCCGCACGUGACAAUGCUCCAUCCUGUGGUCUGAACAAUGCAGCCACCUCCACCUCGGACAGCGGGCAACAGACGCUCGCAGAACCGCAGAUCUCUCCAGAAGACCCGCUCGGGCCGCUGCCGGAAAACUGGGAGAUGGCAUACACUGAGAGUGGAGAGCUCUACUUCAUAGACCACAACACAAAGACCACAUCAUGGUUGGAUCCUCGGUGUAGAGACAAAGCCUCCAGGCCUCUGGAAGAGUGUGAUGACGAUGAAGGGAUACAUACAGAGGAAUUGGAGGCCGAUCUGGAGCUGCCGCCCGGAUGGGAAAGGAUAGAAGACCCAGUAUACGGGGUUUAUUAUGUAGAUCACAUAAACAGAAAGACUCAGUAUGAGAAUCCCGUGUUGGAGGCGCGGCGUCGGAAAAUCCUGGAGCAGCAGCAGCAGCCGCAGCCUCCAGAAGAGUGGAUAGAGGAGCACUCCUCAGCAGCGGCACCGUUAGCAAACUACGCUCCAAACCACCUGGAGACCUACAGGGACCCUCAGGGCCCUCCAACUCUACCUCCCGGCCCUGCAGGAGCCAAACGAGGGAAGCCUUUCUUCACCAGAAACCCAGCAGAGCUGAAAGGAACCUUCAUCAACACAAUGCUGAAGAAGAGUCGUCGUGGCUUCGGCUUCACGGUGGUCGGAGGUGACGAGCCGGACGAAUUCCUACAGAUCAAAAGUCUGGUGCUGGACGGGCCUGCAGCUGUGGACGGCAAGAUGGAGACAGGUGAUGUGAUAGUGAGUGUGAAUGACACCAUUGUGCUAGGCUACACCCACGCUCAAGUGGUGAAGAUCUUCCAAUCAAUCCCCAUCGGUUCCAUGGUGGACUUGGCUUUAUGCCGAGGCUACCCGCUGCCCUUUGACCCUGAUGACCCCAACACAAGCCUGGUGACCUCAGUGGCCAUCUUGGACAAGGAGCCUAUCAUCGUCAAUGGACAGGAGACGUUUGACUCGCCAUCCAACCAGGCCGGACCGGUUAACGGCAUGAGGGAUCCGCGGCCACACAGCCCCUCUGCUGAUGUGGCGUCUAAUGGCUCACACGGCUACACCGCCAGUGAUGUGGUCACCCUCGCCUCGUCCAUAGCUACCCAACCUGAGCUCAUCACCAUACACAUGGAGAAGGGCGACAAGGGAUUUGGCUUCACCAUUGCAGACAGCCUGACGGGAGGAGGGCAGAGGGUAAAGCAGAUAGUAGACUAUCCACGUUGCCGCGGAUUAAAGGAAGGGGAUAUUCUCAUGGAGGUCAACAAGAGAAACGUCCAGAGUAUGAGCCACAAUCAGGUGGUGGACCUGCUCAGCAAAUGUCCCAGAGGCAGCGAGGUCACCAUGCUGGUGCAAAGAGGCGUGGUGCCAGCCAAGAGGAGUCCAAAGCUGGUGCACCAGUUGGAGAGGAAAGACAGCCAGAGCAGCUCCCAGCACAGUGUGUGCAGCCAUCGCAGCACCCACACCGAUUCUCCCAGCCACCCACCCUCUGCCAUGCCCAGCGAGGCCGUGGUUCCCACUCCUGCUGCCCCCACCCAGCCUCUGCCAGGCCUGCCCCCUCAGGACCCUGCAGAUGGCACCCUCACCCUCCAGAAGAAGCCAGACCCCUUUAAGAUCUGGGCGCAGUCCAGGAGCAUGUACGAGAGCAGACUGCCAGAUUGCCAGGAGCAGGACAUUUUCCUAUGGCGGAAGGAUACAGGCUUUGGUUUCCGUAUCCUGGGAGGAAAUGAGCCCGGGGAGCCCAUCUACAUUGGACACAUAGUGAAGUACGGGGCAGCAGAUGAGGAUGGGCGCCUGCGGUCGGGGGAUGAGCUCAUCUGUGUGGACGGCACAGCGGUGGUGGGCAAGUCUCACCAGCUGGUGGUGCAGCUGAUGCAGCAGGCUGCCAAACAAGGCCACGUUAACCUCACCGUCAGACGCAAGAGCCCCGGAUACGGAGUGUCGAAAGGGGAAGGUGAUGUUCCUCCUUCACCGGCCUCCUCCCACCACAGCAGCACCCAGGCACCAAGCCUGACAGAAGGCAAGCGGACCCCCCAGGGGAGCCAGAACUCUCUAAACACUGUCAGCUCCGGCAGCGGGUCUACCAGUGGCAUAGGCAGCGGUGGAGGAGGAGGCAGUGGGAGUGCAGUGGUGCCCGCCUCCUUGCAGCCGUACGACGUGGAGAUCCAGCGUGGAGAGAACGAGGGCUUCGGUUUUGUCAUCGUGUCAUCUGUUUCCAGACCUGACGCUGGCACAACAUUCACUGGAAAUGCCUGUGUGGCCACCCAUAAAAUAGGACGCAUCAUCGAAGGCAGCCCGGCGGACCGAUGCGGGAAGCUAAAAGUCGGGGACCGAAUAUUGGCGGUGAACUGCUGCUCCAUCACCAAUAAGUCGCACUCGGACAUCGUCAACCUGAUCAAGGAGGCCGGGAACACAGUCUCUCUCAGGAUCAUCCCGGGUGAUGAAUCUUCUAAUGCUUCUCUGCUGACUAAUGCUGAGAAGAUAGCUACCAUCACCACCACACACACACCUCAGACCACAGAGACACGGAAUAAUUCAAAGUCAAAAGGAGCUCCUCCUCCUCCACCCACACAAACUCAGACAUCACAGGAUGCUGAGUUCUACUCUGUGGACCUCGAGCGGGACAGUAAAGGUUUUGGCUUCAGCCUGAGAGGAGGACGGGAGUACAACAUGGACCUAUGUUUAAGACUAGCGGAGGAUGGGGCUGCAGUCAGAAACGGCAAAAUGAGGGUUGGAGAUGAGAUCCUGGAGAUUAACGGAGAGAGCACAAAGAACAUGAAGCAUUCACGAGCCAUCGAACUGAUCAAGAGUGGUCGGAGGGCGCGGCUUGUCCUCAAACGGGGAGGAUCUGUACCUGAAUAUGACGGCAGCAGCGACGGGAACCCUCCCACACCCGGGGCACAAAACACUCCGGAAGUGAGAACACUGCCACCAAACAGCAUAUAUCACACCUCAUUGGAGUCCAGUUAUCCACCAGACCUUCACAAACCUCACGCCAGGAGGAGGCUGCGCGUGGCCGAGACAGGGACAGGAACAGGGACGGGGCUGGGCCAGACAAAUGGACUACCAGGGCCGGCAAUUUGACCCACACCAUCAUCACACCUUGAAUAACAAUCACAGUAAAAGUACCCCCAGACAGCAGUCACCAGAGACAACAACAGCAGUGGCAACAAGAAGAG